UAUAGCAAAAUUUUAAUAUAAAAUUAUAAAAAUUAUAAAAUUGAAAAAGAUAAAAAAAAGGGUUAUGUUUAGGAACCCGCAGGAUGAACACGUUCGGCGCCCAUUACCACCAAUUGGCGCCGAACGGGCUGCCCGUCUUGCGGCUCGCAACAGCCUCAACUUGAAGACAUCGCAGGGCGGCGGAGGUGCCACCGAUGUGUGGCAGAACCCGGGUGGCUCUGAGCAUGGAUGCACCCCCUUCCGGGUCUGCGGUCUGUGGAGUGUGGGCGACGAGGAUGGCAUCGAGCAUGACGAGAACUGUGUCCAUCGGCAGCAGAACGCGGCACUGGCGGCAUGCCUUGGACGCGGGAAUCCCUGGUCGUGGAUGGGCUCCACCUGGAGCGGUGCUGGCGGCAGUAACAACUUCGGUGGUGGUGGCACUGUGAGUGGCUGGGAGCGAGACACGAUGCUGGAUAGUGUCGCCAAUCGUGGUGGUAUGGGACAUCGGGAUCCUGGCGAGACCUUCACAGCCAAUAUGGGUUCGCAGCGCUAUCAGCCGCAGGGACAUCAAACCCAUCAUCAUAAUCAGCAGCAGCAGCAUCAGCAGCAGCAUCAGCAGCAGCAGCAUCAGCAGCAGCAACAUCAUCAACCGCAACACCACCACCAGCAGCCGCAGCAGCCGCCGCAGCAGCAGCACCACCAGCCGCAUCAUCAACCACAACUUCAGUCGCAGCACCACCAGCUACCGCAUCAACAGGCCCCACCCCAGAUGCACCAGCAGGUGCACCCCCAGCUCCACCGUCAUCCCCAUCCGGAGACAGCGCCCAUGACCCAGCCCCCCACCUAUCGGGCUCCGUCCCUGUUGCAUCGCUCCAAUUUGGGGCACGUAUCUACCCCCGAUUCCGGGUCUACUCUCUUCCACGAGCUACUCCGCGCCCAGGAGAGGACUUGCAGCCUGGCACAGCGCAUCCAUGAUCUACUACCCACCGAUCCACUGCGCCGGCAGUUCCAGCACCAGCUGUUCAACCAACAGAUCCAGAUCGAACAGCAGCUCUGUGUGGUACUGGAGCAGAAGCUGGACUUGGUCACCAAGGCGAUGCACGUGAGUCCCGAACUGGCACACUCCUACUACCUGUUCCAGCCGACCUCCGACUGGGGUGGCAUUGGGGCGGCACUCGCCACGGGCAUAUCGCCCGGGAAUAUGGGUACCAAUGUCCCGACUGGCGUCAGAGCCUCGACACCGCUACCAUCUACGGAUCAUGCUGAUCUCAGUCUGGACAUGUCCCGGCUUGGAAUGCGUAGCCCGGAGGUUACACCGGCGGCCACAUCAACACCUUUGCAGGAGAAUCGUACGUGUCCCAGUCCGGGAGGUCCUGUCAGUAUUUCUGUGCCUGGUCCCAGUCGAGUUACCAUGAGCCAGGGCACCAAUACGAUGUCACCACCCGCCCAUAUGGGUCAUCUGCAGAGCAACUGCAUCCCGUCGACCUCUAAUUCCGCCUCCGUAGCCGCUCCUCCCUCCAUCCAGUACAAUACUGUGGCCAGAUGCGCUGCGAUGGAGGGGAAUCAGUGCCUUGUUGAUACUUUCCGGGAGGAUUUGGAGAGAUCAUGAGGCCAGGCGAUCGGGGGCGGGAUUAGGGGCGACACAGACAUCCAAAUGAACUAUGGUGGGAGUACGAGAGAGAUCCAGGAGUAUCCAGAUGUGGCAAGAUCCGGAAGAGUUGCCGGAAGAGUUCCGGAAGGAGGUAAUACCCAUAGUAACACUAAUGAUUUAGGCUGGGGUCCUGACCUCGAAUGGAAUGUCUGGCGUCGAUAUCCGAAACGGAAAACAAAUCGAAAAUAUCGUAGAAAUAUGAAAGUGAAGCAGGACAUUAAUCUGCUGUUCCAAGAUGAGGACAAGGAGAAUAAUAUUCGGAGAGUUGUGAAUGAAAAGGAUUUCGCAAAGGAGUUUAAGAUAGAGUCCAAGGACAAGCCGCUGGAUCAGGACAGAGCUGAUUGAUUAUUUUUAAAUGUGGGAGAAGUCGAGACCCAGAGAUGUUAGGAGCAUUUUACACUGAAAAAAACAUCUGACAAUGGGAUACUUCAACUUUUGGGAAAUGCGCUCAUCGAAACACAAGGAAACUGUUUGGAAAUUAGUUAAGAGCUAUACAGGAAUAACAAUGGAAUCACACUGGAAAGACACGAG